UAAGGAGAAUAGCUACAACUUCAUAGUCUAACAGCAACUACCGGAUCCUCACAUUUGCAGCCCAUGCUUUUCUUCUUUUCGACUUCACGGUAAUAGUAAAGCAGAUCUACUUUUUUUCUGCAUUUAUGAAGAGUUUUUCGGACGGGUAUAUCAAAUAUUCAUAUACCUGCUAUUAAAGAAGGCAUUUGCAUUUGGAUCGAUAUUAGUUCUUGCGCUGGAUAAACUCUUUCUACUGUAGCUAGUGCUAAGUCAUCAUGGCGGUAUAUCGCGACGAGUAUCGUCAGUGGCCAUUUCUCACGGAGGAAGAGUUCGAGCUUGCCUGUGCGUUCCUUGAUCGAAGAUAUGUCAGAGCAGAAUUAGGUCCCGCACGAAAGAAUCUCAAGUUACGCAUAGGACGAACUGCAACUACUGGGUCAUGCUUUAUUGAAAUUAUCCGAUUACUUCAACCACCGAAGGAUGAUGAUGAUCUAUUACUUGCCCUUAGCAAUUUGAGUGGUGGUUACACUCCAAAUCCUACUCCCAGCCCAGAGGUGGAUAUGAUGGAUGAGGAUGAGGACGAUGUUAGUGACUUUUCGUUCAUGUUGAUCAUAUAUGAGUAUCUGGAUUUGUUGACAGAAUACAGGAGGCACUAGAUGUAAACAAAUCAUCUACGACGACUAGUGGCAAUAUUCCGAAAUACAGUCUAUAUUCUCACCAGUCUUAUGUUACUUACGAAAUUCACCUACAUCCCACUUAUAGAAUGCCAACACUAUGGUUCAUGCUCCAUGACUUACCAAUGGAUGAGCCUGCAUUUGAUAUAAAUUGCGUCUAUCGAUAUCUCGUACCAGAAGAGUAUAAAAGUCAACUUCGUGCAAUAGGAGUCAUGGGUGGAAUUUCUGCUGCUGUAAGUCCUGAAAUUUGUCAUGCCAACACAUUUUAACCAAGUUCCAGCCGCAUCCCAUCACAGACGUACCAGCAUUCUUCAUUCAUCCUUGCCAAACCAAAGAGGCCAUGGAAAGUUUCGACUGUCCAGCAAAUGAUUAUUUGAUGGUGUGGCUCGGCUUAGUAGGCGGAUGUGUAGGUCUAUGGAUGCCACACGAAAUGGCCCAGGAAACUAUAGAGACGAGCAAUUGACAUUUUAGUUUGCGAAGGCGUUGCAUCUAUUAGA